CGUGCUUAAUGCCGUGUCUUUCGUUAUCCCUGUUUUGUUAGCUAAUUUAGCUAGCAGAUGUCGACAGGACAAUUUUAUUUUAGGAUAACUAUGUGCGCAUAAAACCGUUCCAACCCCACUCCCAGACAAAGAGGAGAAUGGCUCACCGAGUCACUCCACCUCAGCUGUCCCAACGGACGGAGGACCUGGAGCUUGACAGCGACUCCGACUGGGACUCUGGUGUCGGCGAUGACGCUGGCAGUUGCCAUGGAAGCCCUGAGACUGAAGAAGGCAACCACCGAGAAGGCACAGAAGACAGCAGUGGGGCGGGAGCACAUUUUACCGUUUUUGUCGCUUUUCAAGGGAGCAUGGAAGAUGAAGACUUCUUGAUUAAACUUGACACUGUCCUCAGUGGUAUACCCAACAUGCUUGAUAUGGAAUCAAAGACGCUUCAGCCACAGCAUGUAGAGCCGUGGAACAGCGUGCGUGUUACCUUCAACAUUCCACGGGAUGCCGCUGAGCGACUGAGGCUGCUGGCUCAGAACAACCAGCAGCAGCUCCGAGAACUGGGAAUUCUUUCAGUGCAGAUCGAAGGAGAGGGGCCCAUCAAUGUUGCGGGGGGACCAAAUCGAGGACAAGAAGUCCGAGUUAAUGGACCAAUUGGAGUAGCUGGCCAGAUGAGAAUGGAUGUGGCUUUUCCAGGUCAGCCUGGUCCAGGAGGGGUAAGGAUUGCAAAUCCUUCGAUGGUUCCCCAAGGCUCAGGCAUGACAGGCCAAGCUCUAGUGCCGGGCAACAGUGGACAGAUGCAUCCACGUGUUCCAAGACCAUCUUCACAGACAGAUGUCAUGGAUCCAAUGAUGCCAGGCAUGUCAGUUCAGCAACCUGGCAUGUCAAUUCAGCAGCAGCAACUUCAACACCAACAGGCUGGUCCCCAUGGCCCCAUUCCUGCCCAGGCUGCCCAUCAUAUGCAGGCUCUGCAGGCAGGUAGACCAAUCAACCCGGCUGCUUUACAGCAACUGCAACAACAACAUCACCAACAGCAAGCUCAGCUCUCUCAGCUUGGACCCAGACCUCCAUUCAACCCACCGGGCCAGAUGGCUGUGCCUCCUGGCUGGAACCCCUCCGGAGUCCUCCAGACAUCAGCCGCUCAAGGAGGCCCUGCCUGGAGGAAGCCUCCGCCUCAAGCCCAGAUGGUUCAACGCCCUCCUUCCCUUACUACAGUUCAGACCCCUAGUCACCCUCCACCCCCUUAUCCAUUUGGUAGCCAGCAGGCAGGUCAGGUAUUCAAUACAAUGGGACAAGGACAAUUGCAGCAGCAGCAACAGACAGGUAUGGGUCAGUUUGCUGCACCCCAGCCGAAAGGUCCACAAGUUGGCCCCGGUGGGGUAGUAGGAACACCUAGACCUCCUCCGCCCCUUCCACCGACAACAGGGCCACAGGGAAAUCUCACUGCCAAGUCCCCAGGAUCGUCGUCAUCUCCUUUUCAGCAGGGUUCACCGGGAACUCCACCCAUGAUGGCUCAGAGACCUACAACUCCACAGGGUUUUCCACAGGGUGUUGGCUCACCGGGAAGAGCUGUCCUCAAUCAGCAAGGUAACAUGCAACAAGGAUUUAUUGGAAUGCCCCAACAUGGACAACCUGGAACACAAGUUCAUCCAGGUAUGCCAAAGCGGCCAAUGGGCUUUCCAACCCCAAACUUUGCCCAAGGUCAGGUGGGCACCAGCACGCCAGGAGCCACCAGUGGAGGAUCCGGUCAGCAGCUACAGAGCAGCCAAACAUUGACUCACACAGGAGUCCAGCAGUCAUCUUCCACACCCAAUUCAAUCCAUGCCCAACCCAAUGUGAUGAGUGUACAAAGUGGCAUGCCAGGUCAGUCUCCUGGCACAACUACUGGGCCUAGCAUGACCCAGCAGCAGCAGCAGCAGCCAGGCCUUCAGACCCCGAUGAUGGGCCUCCAGCAUCAGGCCCAACCCGUGUCCUCCUCCCCCAGCCAGAUGGUUCAAGGCCAGGGUGGAGGUCAGACUGUCCUCUCAAGGCCCCUCAGUCAAGGGCAGAGAGGAGGGAUGACCCCACCCAAGCAAAUGAUGCCUCAACAAGGCCAGGGGGUGAUUCAUGGGCAGGGUCAGAUGGUUGGAGGUCAAGGGCACCAGGCAAUGCUCCUGCAGCAGCAACAGCAGCAGCAAAAUUCCAUGAUGGAACAAAUGGUUGCCAGCCAAAUGCAAGGCAACAAACAGCCGUUCGGGGGAAAAAUACCUUCUGGGGUCAUGCCUGGCCAGAUGAUGCGUGGCCCCUCACCAAACGUUCCAGGUAACAUGACUCAGUUCCAGGGUCAGGUCGGCCCACAGCAGAUGACGCCACAACAACAGCAGCAAAUGGCUCAUCUUCAACAACAACAAUUACAACAGCAACAGCAGCAUCAACUGCAGCAACAGCUUCAGCAGCAGCAACAACAGCAGCACCAACACCAACAACAGCAGCACCAACAACACCAGCAGAUGAAUCAGCAGCAGUCUCAACAGGUUCCACUUACUGGCAAUCCAAAUCAAAUCAUGGGCAUGCAUGGGCAACAGUUGAGGCUCCCUGCUGGUCACCCUCUUAUCCAACAACAGUUGCAACAGCAGCAGUUACAGCAACAGCAAAAACAGCAAGUAAUGUUGCAACAGCAGCAGCAGCAACAACAACAACAGGCAGCUCAACCACACCCACAUCCAUUGGGGGAUCCCAAUAGUGGAACAGGCGAUUUGGGGGUCCAACAGAUGGUCCCUGAUAUGCAGGUACAGCAGGCACAAGGCAUGAUGGGGGGCCCUCAGCACAUGCAAAUGGGAAAUGGACACUUUGCAGGUCAGGGCAUGAACUUUAACUCCCAGUUCCCAGCUCAGGUUCCAAUGGGGGGACCUUGUGCACAGGCAGGUGGUUUUCCUGUCAGUAAAGAUGUAACAUUGACAAGCCCCCUGCUGGUAAAUCUGCUGCAGAGUGAUAUCUCAGCCAGCCAGUUUGGACCAGGAGGAAAACAAGCAGGUGGGGGCAAUCAGGUCAAACCAAAAAAAAAGAAACCUGCACGAAAGAAGAAACCGAAAGAUGGAGACGGACCCCAGCAAGUUGAGGGACAUGGUGGUCUGGAUGUUACUGGUACUAUGGAGGAUUCUGAACUUCAAAACUUUGGUGGUGAACAGAGUUUGGGCCUGGAUAACCCGGGCCCAAAGAUUGCUGACUUUCCCAACAGGCCUGCAGUAUUCCCUGGUCAACCUGGUGAUCAAAGGAUAUUGCAGCAGGUACCAAUGCAGUUCAUUCAACAGCAGCAGCAGCAGCAGCAGCAGCAGCAGCAGCAGCAACAGCAGCAGCAACAACAACAGCAGCAGCAGCAGCAGCAGCAACAACAACAACAGCAACAACAGCAGCAGCAGCAACAGCAACAACAAAUUCAGCACAUGCAACAACAACAGAUACAACAACAGCAAAUUCAGCAGCAACAACAAAUGCAACAACAAUUGCAACAGCAGCAGAUGCAACAGCAACAGAUUCAGCAGCAGCAACAGCAGAUGCAACAGUUGCAGAUGCAAGGUCUCCAAAAUGCGCAAGGGCAGCAGGGCAUGACAGGACCACAGACCGCAGGGCAAGGCCAACCCCAGGUACACCAUCAGCUGCAACAGCAGCAGGGGCAGCAGCAGCAGCAGCAUCUCCAGCAGCAGCAGCAGAUGUUGAUGAUGCUUAAGAUGCAGCAAGAACAGAAAAAUCGCAUGUCCAUCGCUACUGGAGGUCAACUCCCUCCACGUGCCGUUGGCAAUCAACCUGAGGCACAGAGACUCCCAGUCUCACAGCAGGGGAACGUGCCUGUCAUGAUCAGCCUUCAAGGACAUGCAGGAUUAACACCAUCGCCCGACAAAGCUAGAGGGAUGCCCCUGAUUAUAAAUCCUCAGCUGGCAAGUGCUGCACGACGAAUGUCCCUUCCAGAUUCAGGGCAGGCUCCCCAAGGCAAUGGCUCUGAUGAGACAACUUCUGGGAUCCACCCAAAGCCGGAUAGGCCAGGUGGUGCAGAAAUCGGCAUGCAGCCUGGAAAUGGUGCCCAACAGAUGAUGGCCAAUCAGGGUUCGACUACACACGUGAUGAAGCAAGGCCCUGUUUCGUCAUCAGUGGCCCAGCACACUGGAGCCAGUCCCCAACAACAGUUGCCCACUCAACCUCAACAAGGAGGACCCAUGCCCGGCAUUCAUUUCCCUAGCGUUCCCACAACUUCACAAAGUUCCAGACCAAAAACUCCCAACAGGGCCAGCCCCAGGCCAUACCAUCACCCCCUUACCCCAACUAAUCGUCCACCGAGUACUGAGCCCUCAGAAAUCAACCUUUCACCAGAAAGGCUUAAUGCUUCAAUUGCAGGGCUAUUUCCACCUAAAAUUAACAUUCCUCUGCCACCUAGGCAGACAAAUUUAAACAGAGGAUUUGACCAACAGGGCCUUAACCCAACAACUUUGAAAGCCAUUGGACAGGCCCCUCCGAGCUUAACUUUACCAGGCAACAACAGCAACAAUGGAAGUGGCGCAAAUAACACUAGCAACAGUCAACAACCUUUCUCUACUGGUAUUGGAGGGGGAGGCACUAAACCGGACAAGCAGUCUGGAGGACAGAGCAAAAGGGCAAGCCCGAGCAAUAGUCGUAGGUCAAGCCCAGCUUCUAGUCGCAAAUCAACCACACCAAGUCCUGGAAGACAAAAAGGGUCAAAAGUGACUAUCACAUGCCCUCCCCAAACUCAACAGUUAGUCAGUGCUCAGGGGCAAAGUAUGAUGCUAAGCCCUACCACAGUAACACCAAGUCCAGUAUCUUUGGCAUCACAAUUAAGUGGCAGCAUGGAAACACAAUCGACCCAGAGUCCCUUUCAUGGCUUACAAGGUAACCCUCCUGAGGGCACCAGAGAGAGUCAGAUAAUGAUGACAGCAGAGCAACGUCAGAUAUCUCAGCCUCAACCACAUCAUCAGCCUUUGCGGGAGUUAUCGGCUCCAAGAAUGACAAGUCCUCAUCUGCCCACUCCUCAGCAGCCAAAAUCUGACUUGGAGUUGCAAGCUGGGGCAGUCGAUAGGCAGCCAACACACAAAGCACCGCUGCAGGACUCUGGAGGAUCAGUUGCUGUCAGGCCUGCUCCCACUUCCCUCAACCAGCUUCUAGACGUCCCGAACAAGCCUCUUCGGCCUGUGCAUGGUAAUAUGGUAAGGGAUGUUGUGGGAAAAGACAGCCACAAGUCUGCCAUGAAUCCAGAGAAACAACUUCACUCUAAUACUCAGAGUACAGACAUGUCAGCCCCUGUUGCUACGUCUGCCACUCUUAAUGAAUCAGAAGCCAAACCCAAAACUCCUGUUUCAACCUCUAUUAGCAGUCACAGCAUGCAUCCGAAUGUGACCCUCAAUACCACUCCCGGCAGUAACCAAAACCCUUUACCCUCUCCUGUGAUCACUUCCAGUCUAAAUACAACUACUACCCUUUGUUCUACCUUCACUAACACUAAUGUUGUCCAGAGUGUAAGCCCUAACCCAGUUACUUCAACUCAGGGCAGUCAUUCUUUAGCUGUUAGCAGCAACUCUAAUAUCAGCAGUAGUCCAAGCCAAGCCAGUGUGACGCUCAAGCCCGGCAUGGCCCCGAAACCAAUAACAAAUGUUCACUCGGUCAUACAGAUUCCUGCUUCAUCUAGUUCGAUUUCUCCCAACCAGAUCACCGUAUUCGUCACGCCAAACCCAAUGACCUCUGCACCCACAGCUCAAGUUCCUGCAUCUAGGGUCUCCACAAUGGUGACUCUUCCCAACAAGAAUAUUCGGGCACAGGAUAUUCGGCAUCAGACACCCGUCACUAGACCACCUCAGUUCAUCACCACCACCCCUGUUUUUAUCAACCCGAUUUUUCAAGUCCCAAGUACAUCUGUGUCGCCCAAUACCACAGUAGUAUCUCAGUCUGUCACCAUGGUGGGACCUAUCCAAGUAUCUUCGACAAACAUCCAACUUUCUACUGCCCCGAGUUCCACACAGUCCUCAGGGGCAAACAAUAGCACAUCUCAACUUGCUCGAAGCACUGUUGGGCAUCUUCAGACCGUCACCAGUGUGUCCUCAUCCAGCCCAAUUGGCGCUCAUUCAGCUCCUCAGCAAAUCAACCAUGGGGUAAAUGUAGUUCAAGCUCAAAAAUCAAGUCCCCCAGUCAGCCAGCCAUCUCUUCCAAGACCUCCAACGUCCUCCUCCUUUCAGUCUCCCAUUCCGUCUCCUCCUUGCUCAAGUCCUAGCAGUAUGAACGCACUUCGAAAAGGCCUCACAUAUCCAACUCCCACUGCCCAGUUGAAAAGUAAGCCGACGCAGGUAACCACAGCUGUCUCUGGAACAGCUGAUUCACAGAUCACUGCUCAGGCAUCCAAUGUGGCUACUCCACCACGUGUCUUCCACCCUUCUGCUAGUCCUGUUAUUCCAAUUGAAGCAGUAGCGGCCCACACCACUAUUGCCACUCCAAACCUUACUACACCAGCAAUCUCCUCUUUUAUCUCAGUUCCUAGUCAGGUUACUGUUUCUACCCAGCCUCCAUUGCCGUCUACAGCUUCAUUGUCAAACUUCAGCCAGGCUGCAAUGUCUCAAAAUCCCGGUGUCACUGUAGUUGGUACCACCACUGCAGUCUCCACUUCGACCUUGCUCUCUACAGUCAGUCCGGUUCAAAAUCCAGUAACAUCCGUGGUUCCAAUUGUUGCCAUGCCUGGACCGAUUCGGGAGGCCCCACCCACAAAUUCGUCCGUUGCUCACGUCAGCAGAGUUGCUCUUUCUCAGACUGGACCUGUGUCUGCCGUUACACAAGCAGUGGCUCCUGCUGAAAAUAUUCAGAUCAUGCCAGAAUCUGUUCAGCAAGAUGUUUCACAAGAGCCCGUUGCUGGUGACAAGACGAGUGAAGAGGUCUUGACAAGUCCUGACCAGGGAUGGGCAAAGAAAAGAAAGACGCCCAUCAACUUAGUUCCAAGGGCUGCUGUGGAGAAACCCAAGGGGCCGAGUAGACGCAGCUCCCGAGCAGAGAAGGAGGUGGAGGAAGAGCCAGUAGCAGAAAGCGGUGCUAGGAAGAGAUCAUCACGGCCUGCAACAACAACUGCCGCUGCUGUUAAAGAAACUGGAGCCAGCCCCACCCAGGCGAAACGAAGAAAAUCAAAAUAGGAACCACUGUUUUGACCACUUACGAACUAUACUGUUAUGUGUCUAUUUUCUGCUGUAAAUCACUUGAUUUUAAUUUCUGUCUCCCAGCUUAUGAUUUUUUUAAUUGGGGAGGAAAUCAUGUACAGAUUGUUUUAAAAAGAGUAAUGAGGUAUUGUCCAUCCUGUACUGUGAGAUUGUAGUUAAAUGUGUGCAUAUAUGUGGUUGUUUUUUAUUUCGUGCUGGAUUAAUUAUGUUUAGACUGAUAAUGGAGCUUGUCAUCUUUGCAAAAUGUUGUUAAAACUGAAAUAAAUUUUCUACUGCUUUAGCCAGCGUGACAAAUGCUAGUGAACAAUCUGCGUUUAAGCCACAACAAAUGUUAUCUUGGCAUUGCUGGGAGCAGGUUGGCUCAUGAGUGGAUGCUCCUUAUUCUACAUUAAAGCCACUCCUCUAUAGAA